AUGGUUCGAAGUAACUAUUUGCAAUCUUUUCAAGAACUCGACAAUGCAACAAGAGUCAUUCCAACAUCAUCAGUGGAACGACAUCUAGCCAUGAUAUUAUCUUGGGGCUUAGCAGGACAUAUUGAGGCGCACUGGAGUAUCUCUUACUGGAUAGUCUGGGCUGUUGCGAGAUCCGGCACGAUGGAGAAUCAUGGUCUCCCCUUGAGAAAUUUUGUUUUCACUGUAACGUGA